AUGAUUACGCGCUCAAACACAGCUGGACGGGCUUCUAAACGCCUAGCCUCGCCUGUAGACGGACAAUCUGCGGCACUGGGUGAUACUACGGCAGGAUCUUCAAUACCUCCCAAGAGGGUUCGCCGCACCGCUCCAUUGGCAUCGACCACCAAAGUAGAGAUAUCGUCGCCCAAUUUCCGCACCGCGGUUGACGUCCAAGUGGCGCUGCGAGAGGUUUGGAGACUCGAGUCGCUUGGUCGGUGCCCAACGAAGGAGCAGGCUGUUCAUCGACACAUGAACCUUUACGGUACGCAGCGCUCCAGCUCUUCGACAGAACCAACUCCACCGACGAAGGCGCUCGAGGAUGCCAUUACAAAGCUGCGAGGCAUACAUCAAGAUCAGUUUCGUACAUACGCAUCGGGCACCUUGACCGAACCUUUCAAUCUCCGGAUCUCACGGCCUCACUGCAAGUUCAAUGGCCAGAUUCGCAUUCACUCGUCGAAUGACAGAAAUGACGGAAUCGAGGAACGUUUGAAACAGUGGUAUAACCAUUCGGUCGUAUCUGGUUUCGGUGACCUCCGGAGUCAGGAAACGAAGGAAGACAAGGAUGUGCGCCAUGCACGCGAAAUCGGGGCACGCGAUUUCUCUGUUGAGCCAGAGUUGCUGCAACGUAUCGCUGUUUGUUGGGAUAGCCACUUCCACGCAAACAAGGGCGUCCGCGUCGAACCGUACAAGAUUCAUUUAUACAGCGAGGGGGGUCACUUCAAAGCCCACCGUGACACUCCAGAGAAGGACUUAGUCGGAACCUUCCUGCUCGGCCUAGGAGAUACUGUCCGGUCUCCAUGUUUCCAGCUGGAUGACCAAGAAUUCCACUCUCAUCCUGGACAAUGGGUGGCCUUUUAUCCUGACGUGCCACACUCCGUCACGAGGCUGCCGUACGGCUAUCGUGCGGUUAUCGCAUUCAAAAUCUUCCGAAAGUCCACUCGCAACAAGUGCCCUCAUGUUGAUCAACUCACGAAGGAUGUUACGGACGAAAUGGUGCCACCAUUCGGCAUCCUGUUAGAACGGAAGUAUUGUCUGGGAACCACUGAGCUCAGUGGGUUCGACGCUAUCAUCCACGCCUGCCUCCGGGCCAAGCACGGCGUGAAGGUGAUUCUUUUGCCCGUAGUCGUCGACGUAAAGGCGACUUGGGGCGCCGAGGAUGAAAGCUAUGAUGAUGAUGAUUGGGAGCAGGAAUGCACUGCGUCGGUCUAUCCGUUCACAGAGGCACACAUCGACUACCUGGUCAGCAUAAAAUCAAAGGACCGCGACUCAGAGGACGAGAAAAAGAAGAAGAUGGCGGAGGUUCUGAAAACGUCCGUGAAGGAUAUUCCCUUCUACAGUACCGACUUCGCGAAGUCAACCAUCACAUGGUCCGAUAAGGAGCAAGAGACCUGUGUAUCUGUCCUAUGCGCUGUUGGCGGUGCCCGACUCUGAGUCUCCUGCGGCCAAAGACACGAAGAAAACAAAAAAGACCGCCAAGAGGUGAGGCUUUGGAUGAGUCAAGUUACGCCUCUAGCUGUGCUGGCUGUUGUGUUUCAUUUUUGCUCAGUCAUGAAAAAUUCUAUACACCCAGUGUACUUAGUCUUGCUACAGAAAAUGACAAUAAUCGGUUG